UAGAUGGGAGGCUGGAAGCUGAUCUCUCUAUAUAUGAGCAGGAGGGGAUGGACCGGUGAGCACUCUGGGGGGGACACACUUUCUGCUUCCCACUGCAGACCAGACGCUCUGUGCAUUCCAGUCCUGCUGACAGGGGUGACAUGGGGAAAGAUUACUAUACAAUUUUGGGCAUUGAGAAGGGGGCUUCAGAGGAGGACGUCAAGAAAGCGUACAGAAAGCAAGCUCUAAAGUGGCACCCCGACAAGAAUAAGUCAUCCCAGGCAGAGGAGAAGUUCAAGGAGAUUGCAGAAGCCUACGAGGUGCUGAGUGACCCCAAGAAGAGAGAGGUCUACGAUCAGUAUGGGGAGGAGGGGCUUAAAGGGGGACCUGGCGCCCAAAACGGGCACGAAGGGAACUUCCACUACACUUUCCACGGAGAUCCACACGCCACAUUUGCGGCAUUUUUCGGGGGAGCAAACCCAUUUGAAAUGUUCUUUGGGAGACGAAUGGCCGGAGGCCGGGGGGACGACGAGGACAUGGAGUUGGACAAUGACCCGUUCUGCUCGUUUUCUAGCUUCGGCAUGAACGGAUUCCCCAGAGAAAGGAACCAAGUUGGCAAUCAGAUCCGCCGUAAGCAGGACCCCCCUAUUAUGCAUGAGCUGAGGGUGUCUCUGGAAGAGAUCUAUCACGGCUGCACCAAGAGAAUGCGGAUCUGCAGGAAAAGGAUGAAUCCCGACGGAAGAACGGCACGGACUGAGGACAAGAUCCUCACCAUAGAGAUAAAGAAGGGGUGGAAGGAAGGCACCAAAAUCACAUUCCCCAAGGAGGGAGACGAGACGCCCAUGGCCAUUCCUGCCGAUGUGGUUUUCGUUAUUAAAGACAAACCUCAUUCACAUUUUAUGAGAGAUGGUUCAAAUAUUGUCUGUCCCUUACAGAUCAACCUGCGCGAGGCCCUGUGCGGAUGUGCAAUCACUGUGCCCACCUUGGAGGGACGGAAUAUCCCAAUGACUAUAAAUGAAAUUAUUAAACCGGGGAUGAGACGACGGAUUAUUGGCUAUGGACUCCCUUUUCCAAAAAACCCAGAGCAGCACGGAGAUCUACUAGUGGAGUUUGAAGUUAUAUUCCCAGACAGCAUUCCACAGCCAUCCAAGGAGAUCCUGAAACGACACCUGCCUAUUUAGUGGGAUUCCAGGCACGGGUGAUGGGAAGAAGGCAUAGGCACAUUAUUACAGUAUAAGACGCUCUACAGAUAUACUACAGUGUCAGACGGUGUACGCGAUAUACUUACCCGAGGUGUACACACACCCCAGCAGUAUUAGGGUGGGCAGUGUAUGUACAGUAUUACAUGUCUAACAGUGACUUUCUCUGCUCUUGCCAAUUGUUGUGCCCCAGGCUUACUAAUGACGAGUGUUUAUUAUAUCAGCAUUUAUGCUAGUGUAGCGCUGAUAGCUGAAUUCAGGAAGCUGGCAAAUAGCCGAUAAUAGGAGGUGAAGCAAAACUCUACAGCAUUGUAACACAUAUGGACGGUGCAUCAGCCACUGCACUGACACUAGUCUGCACUGUUCCUCCUCUUCUACAGCCCUGGCACUAGUCUGCACUGCUCCUCCUCCUCUUCUACAGCCCUGGCACUAAUCUGUGCUGCUCCUCCUCAUCUACAGCCCUGGCACUAAUCUGUGCUGCUCCUCCUCCUCUACAGCCCUGGCACUAGUCUGCGCUGCUCCUCCUCCUCUUCUACAGCCCUGGCACUAAUCUGUGCUGCUCCUCCUCCUCUACAGCCCUGGCACUAAUCUGUGCUGCUCCUCCUCCUCUACAGCCCUGGCACUAGUCUGUGUUGCUCCUCCUCCUCUACAGCCCUGGCACUAGUCUGUGCUGCUCCUCCUCCUCCUCCUCCUCCUCCUCUACAGCCCGGGCACUAGUCUGCGCUGCUCCUCCUCUUCCUCUACAGCCCUGGCACUAGUCUGCGCUGCUCUUCCUCUUCUACAGCCCUGCCACUAGUCUGUGCUGCUCCUCCUCCUCUACAGCCCGGGCACUAGUCUGCGCUGCUCCUCCUCUUCCUCUACAGCCCUGGCACUAGUCUGCGCUGCUCCUCCUCCUCUACAGCCCUGCCACUAGUCUGUGCUGCUCCUCCUCCUCUACAGCCCGGGCACUAGUCUGCGCUGCUCCUCCUCUUCCUCUACAGCCCUGGCACUAGUCUGCGCUGCUCUUCCUCCUCUACAGCCUUGGCACUAGUCUGUGCUGCUCCUCCUCCUCUACAGCCCGGGCACUAGCCUGUGUUGCUCCUCCUCCUCUACAACCCUGGCACUAGUCUGCGCUGCUCCUCCUCCUCCUCCUCUACAGCCCUGCCACUAGUCUGUGCUGCUCCUCCUCCUCUACAGCCCGGGCACUAGUCUGCGCUGCUCUUCCUCCUCUACAGCCCUGGCACUAGUCUGUGCUGCUCCUCUUCCUCUACAGCCCUGGCACUAGUCUGUGCUGCUCCUCUUCCUCUACAGCCCUGGCACUAGUAUGUGCCGCUCCUCUUCCUCUACAGCCCUGGCACUAGUCUGUGCUGCUCCUCCUCCUCUACAGCCCUGUCACUAGUCUGUACUGCUCCUCCUGUGCUUACUGAGCAGCUGGCCAAGGGCUCACAAUUCUAGGGGCCUCUGAGCAGGGGCAGGUUGGGCUGUGAAAUCUGCCCUCCCAGGCUGGUGCCCCCUGAGCUUCUUGGAAGGCAGGUACAGAAUGCGGCUCAGCCACUCUGAUUGUGAAUUACAGGACAGGUAGCGUUCCUAACUUGCCUCUAAGCCUGUAGUGAGACUGCCUGUGGUGUGUGGCUGUCAGCAUGCUGGUCGGUGGAUGGCUGGAUCUAUCCACCAAUUAGAGUGCAGCAUUCUCUACCUACCCAGCCUGCAGCCAUAUAGUGAAUGGCUGUCAGCAUCCUGAUUGGCCGAUGGCUGGAGCUAUCCACCAUGUAUGGAAGCAUGUGGAGAGAUGGUGCAGGAUCGCAGGAGGGAUACAUUUUGUUUUCCCUGUGAAGAGGUGGGUAGGGGCACCAGUGCAUUGCUUUGCCCAGUGCCUACAAUGCUGUUAAGACGGCUCUGACUAAAUGCUUAAGACUGCAUUACCCGCACUUGCCUGUGCCCAUUUUUAGAGCAUGCAAAAUAGGGGUACAUCUAACUCUGCUAUGGGCAUUCCUCUAACUCUGCCGUAGGCGUACGUCUAGCAUUUUCCAUGAGCAACAUCUAGCUCUGCCAAUGGGUUUAGGUCUAGCUCUGCCAAUGGGUUUACGUCUAGCUCUGCCAGUGGGUUUACGUCUACCUCCGCCAAUGGGCGUACGUUUACCUCUGCCAGUGGGCGUACGGCUAGCUCUGCCAGUGGGCGUACGUUUUAUCCUUACAUACUUGUCCACUUUAAUACAUAUUUAGUGAAAUGGUAAAUGCACUAAAACAACAAUACUGACAUGGGGGGAGGAGGGGGGGGGGGGGGGGUUUGUUACCCCUACCGGGGUCGUUAACCAAAGAAUAUACGGAAUGUGCAAUAGGAGGCAGCUGGGCUGCAUCUUCUUUUUUUCUUUUUUUUUUAGUUUACCCUGCCAAAGUUCUCCUAUUAUUUACCAUAGCAUUGAGUGCUAUCACAUCCUACCAAUGAGGGUAUUUACUAAUGUUAUAUAGGUGCAGAUCUGCAUGAAUAUUAUACCAACCAAUCAGCAAUUCGUAUUGAUCUGUCUAAUGUAAGGUAGGUAAUGAAAGCAUAGGAGUGAUUAGAUGGCAGCUGCACUUGUGACUUGUUAUAUAAUCAGGAAUGUCAGGUCUCAUGCUACUGAGGGCAUCAUUUACGAAGCAUAUUCACGCACGGCGGUUUUUACCCCAUUGUGCCUUACAGGUACACCCUGCAUAAAUAAAGGUGCCCUCCUGCUUUCUGCGUUUGGGUGACACCACACACAAUCUACCCGGUUGCGCUUGUGUUAUACACCACUUCCCUUGCGAGCAAUAAGCACAUUUGCUUUUCAGCAUAAUUUACACUGCGUCAGAGAUAAACAACCCCCCCCCCCCCCCAUCUUGCAUCAGAAAAAAAAAAUUGUUUAAAGAACAUUCGGUUCCCGGGUGCCGGGGGACGCACCAAUCAGUGUCAGCGGGGUAUUCGUGAGCAGCUACGUCUGUACCUGAGUGCCUGGGUUUCUGUUAUUAUAUAUAUAUAUAUAUACACACACACACACACACACACACACUUAUUUGUUUCUUUGCUAUAUGUGUAUCUGUACCUACAUGUGGAUAUCUUACAGCUAGUAAAAUGGAAGAGGACUUGGUACCACCUAUAGGCUGUUAGUUGGUACUACAACCAGUAAGACACCAUUUAUACUGACACCCCCAGAACCAGUCAUUAUAUCCAUUGUCUGUGGCCUCGUUACACACAGAUAUACUCCGCUUUCAACUCAACACAAGUUUGCUAUUCAUAUGGAUGAGUCUUUCAUUUCUAAAGUAACAACAUGUUUCACAACCCUAUACAAUAGGGACACACUAACCAUGUACUGUACAGUAAUACAGUAAACCUGGCGUCCCCCUAAGUGACAGACGGACUGCCAUAAACAACAGCCAAAACCUGCAGAAGCUAGGCGCUUAGAUUAUUAUUUUGAAUCGGUAUUUCCUAAUGUUAAUGUAAAAAAAAAAAACACGUUUUUUUUGCGAUGUGUAAUCCUGUUGCGGCAGCAUUGUGACCGCCGGGGUCCCGAUUGGCGGUAUUUUAACCACUUCCCCUGCGGAGGGGUGAUCCUACUCUAUCCUGCAUCGCCCGUUUACAGUCCUCGGCUGAACCUUUAGGAUGCAUCCUUUUGUAUACAGGAGUGAAUUAAAUAUUCCAUUGCACUUUAUUUUAAUUUUAAGAAAGACAUGAGAGAGAGAGAGAGAGUCAGGGCAGACUGAGCCGGUCUCUGCUGCUCAGGAGAAGGUGAAUAAUAGAGUUUAGUUAUAUUCCCAUCCAGGAAUAUAAUCCUUCCAUAGCUAGAGGUGUGAAAUGUUAGAAAUAUUGCAUCUAUUUGCUCUUAAUGUGUUUCUAGACAAUUAUUUUUCCCACCUCUUGGGUGACACGUAUUAGUGGCAGGCUGCUGCCCAAUGGUGAGAACAUGUAAGAGCUGUGCAGUCUCUCGCUGUGGUGCCCACCACAAGCGUCCUCUCCUGGCCAUACCCCCUGAGUCAGCUGCUCUUUGGAUCUCCACCAGGGAAAAGUUUGCACCUUUUAAGGACACGGUUUAUAAGAGCCCCAGUGACGCCCUGGAUGCUGCUUGAUGUAAGCCGUUCCUUUCAUGGUUAGCUGCAAUAGGUCACUGCAGCCAUCACCAGAACCUGGAUAAUGUAACAAAGGCCAGAUAUCAGCGUCUCUGUGCUCAAAUCAGCGUCAGUUCAUUUGUGUGCCUUAAAUGUAACAUUUAAUAGCAUCUAGUUCUUUAUCCCAUUUCAAAAGGAAUCCCUAUUUUUCCACUGUCCCCCUGUCUAUAUUAGGGCCACCCUCACUGCGUCCACCUCCCCUCGGCCUGUAAGAACGGCGUGAUUUAGUGUAAAUCUAGGUGCACUUGCGCAAACUCAGAUGCAUGGCUGGACCAGAGCAAUGAAAAUGUUGUGCUUCAUAAAUGAUCUCCUAUGUAUUUACUAAUGAAAGCAAAACCUAACAUAACGUGAGACUUGUAGACUUAUAGAUGUGUCCUAUUGUACAGUUGAUUCAGUCGCGCCAAAUAUCCCCUCCCGGUGCGCCAGGUGCUGGACAAAUGCCGCGCUGAUCCUCCUUUUUGCUGAAAAUGUGCGUAUUAUUUGCACAAAUAAAACUACUGGAAGCGACAAAGCUGCAUUGCUAGUGACCAGUGACUGGGGAGUGCGACAUUUGUACAUCUGUGUGCAACGGAGCCUGAAUCUGUGUACAAAGGACUCUGAUGCAGCGGCUGCUGCUUUUUCCGGCUCCACGUUACGUUGUGCUUAAUGUGCAGCUUUGUACCUGUGUAAAACCAAUUCCUGGGCGGUUAUAGGGGGUCAUUCCGAGUUGUUCGCUCGUUAUUUUUUUCUCGCAACGGAGCGAUUAGUCGCUAAUGCGCAUGCGCAAUGUCCACAGUGUGACUGCGCCAAGUAAAUUUGCUAUGCAGUUAGGAAUUUUACUCACGGCAUUACAAGGUUUUUUCUUCGUUCUGGUGAUCGUAAUGUGAUUGACAGGAAGUGGGUGUUUCUGGGCGGAAACAGGCCGUUUUAUGGGAGUGUGCGAAAAAACGCUACCAUUUCCGGGAAAAACGCGGGAGUGGCUGGAGAAACGGAGGAGUGUCUGGGCGAACGCUGGGUGUGUUUGUGACGUCAAACCAGGAACGACAAGCACUGAACUGAUCGCAGUUGCCGAGUAAGUCUGGAGCUACUCAGAAACUGCUAAGAAGUGUCUAUUCGCAAUUCUGCUAAUCUUUCGUUCGCAAUUUUAAUAUGCUAAGAUUCACUCCCAGUAGGCGGCGGCUUAGCGUGUGCAAUGCUGCUAAAAGCAGCUUGCGAGCGAACAACUCGGAAUGACCCCCAUUGUCUCUGCCUCUAGUACACUGCGAGCGGCUUUCCUCUGCGUCUGCGAUACGACAAAGAAGCAAAAUAAAUAUAUGGUACGCAAAUUUUCUCAGUACGUCUCAGUCGCACCAGGGACCUCGCGACAUAUGGCGUACGGAUGCUCAGUGUAUGAGGACACAGCUGUACAGCUGACCGGCUCUCACGGAGGUUCCAAAUCAAUACAACAGCGUGAAACCCGAGAUAUUACACAGCAGCUGUAAUAGCGACAAUGGCUGCCCUAAAUUUAAGAGCAUUAAACAUUUAUUUUUUUGUGUCCCUUUAAUGAUGUUAUGUUAUUAUCAGAUUCUAGGCAAUCUGAUAAUAACAAGAAAACUGGACACAAUUUAAUAUACAGCAGUAACCAUAAAAACAUUAAAACAAAACUUCUAUUUAAAAUGAAAGAAAAAAAAAUAUAUACUAAUUCUUAAUAAAAAGUUUGUAUUUUUUAUUUAUUAAAAAAAAAAAGUGAAACGCAGGGAAAUCAUCGUAUCUCUAAUAAUAUAUAAAUUUAUUGGCAUGUGCAGGAGCUGCCAUAUCGGUUUCUCUGCUGAGGUACAAUAAUUGUGAGUCCCCGGUAACAGACGCAAUCAUUUCUCUCAGAUAGAAGCUGCAUGUAUAAUGGGUGUAUAGAAGAUCUGCAAUGUCCAGGUCCACAGUCAUUAGGUCAACACUGACAAAAGGUCGACACGGAAAACGGACGACACAAAAAAGGUCGACACCAUUUUUUCGGGGUUGUUGUUUUCGCUUCGCUCGCCAUGCUGCUGCCCGCGUAUGAUGUGAUGCAGGUUACUAUUCCCAAUCGUAGUCCAUGUAGAUGGUAAAGUAUAAAAAAGGUGUAAGAAAAAAAAAAAGGCAAUUUUUUUCUAAAACUGUAUAUUUUGUCCAAUUUCUAGACACGGAAGGGGAGAUGUAUCAAAAAGUACAGUGAGAUAUAGUGGAGAGAGAUCAAGGGGUCUAUUCAUGAAGCAGUGAAAAGUGUGGAGAAGUGAACCAGUGGAGAAGUUGCCCAUGGCAACCAAUCAGCAUUGAAGUAACAUUUAUAAUUUGCAUACUAUACAAUUGUACGGAGCAGCUGAUUGGUUGCCAUGGGCAACUUCUCCACAGUCUCACUUCUCCACUCUUCUCACUGCUUCAUGAAUAGACCCCAAAGUAUCAGCCAAUCAGCUCCCAACUGCCAUGUUACAGGUUGUGUUUGGAAAAAUGGCAGGAGCUGAUUGGUUGGUACUUUCUCUCUCUCCAGGCUUUGAUAAAUCUCCCCCUUUGUGGCGUAUCCAGUAUUAUUAGAACAAUGAAUAUGUGUCAGUCUGUGUUACCAAUGGUAAUCUUUGUUACGGGAGAAACAUAUAAAGGUGCUGGUAAUAUAUCAUGUAACACAACAAGAAAGCACACAAACCAGUUUGGCCGCACAAUAGCUUAGCAGUAUAAUAGGUCGGGAAAUGUCUGUAUUUUCUCUGUUCCGACCUGUUUUACAUUUUGCAGUGUUUCCUCGCUGCGUGUUCUUACAGAGUUUAGAUUCCUAUUUCAGAUAAGAUUGUGGUGUCAGGAAAAGGAAUUCAGUUUGAAGCAUGAUGCCUGUGACUUUCUUAUAUCGGGAACUAUAAUUAUAUUUUGUUUGAAAAACUUUAUGUUCAUAACUAUAUUUUUUAAUAAAGAUUUCUUAACAUGUUUAAUAAA